GUCACAUGAUCAGCUAGCUGAUCCAAAUUCAACAUGGCUGCCACCGUGUAUGACAGAUGACAUGGACGAAGGUUAUCUGUGUACAACUCAAUAUCCCAUCGUUUUCAACCUUCUCUCAAACUGCAUUGGCCACUGAAAAGUCGAAAUGUCAUCCAUAGAAUAAUGGAGUUCCUAAACAAACCCAUGUCAGAGUUUUGGAAAAGCACUAAGGAGACGUUUGCCGAGAUUAUGGAUAUGAACGACAGUGUAAUCGGCGGCGGCAAGCAACAACAACAGCGGCCGGGCGCGGCGGGCGGUGCGGAAGGGAGCGGCCCCGGUGAAAAUACGGAAGGGAACGGGAGCAACGAAGGACCCUCGCAACAAACAACUAGAACUGCAGGUAACACGGGUAGUGCAAACCAAGAAACUGCCAGACCUCGUCGGGAAAAACCCCAUCUCUAUCAAAAGCAUUCCGUUUCCAAAACAAAAAGACCACUUAGCGAGGAUUUUCGAAAAAAGGAAUACGAUCCCCCUUCAGAAAACGUACAUUCCACCCACCAUGCACGCAACCAGCCGAAAGAACAAAGUACACGCCAUUCACUAAAUGCAUCCUUUGGAAAGUUGUGGAAGGAUAUAAAGACAUUCAACAUGAAUCCUGCAUCAAAUAGUGGAAGUAGUAAGUCUGAAACAACAGCUACCAAAAAAUCUCAUCAUGGCAAAGUGAAACCAAGUUUACUUCAGAGCAAAGAGCACAAGACUGUAGAUUCCACCGUAGAAAAUGAGAACCAGAAGGUGUUACGAAGUCACCGGACUCACAGCCAAAGUCGAUCGCGACAGGGCUCGCUGUCGGACAGCCAACAUUUCCGCAGCAACUCCACCGACCGAGCCUCUGUAAUGAAAUACAGAGAGGCCAUUGACAAAAGCAGACCGUUUCUGCGAUCGGCAUCAGAUGAUGCGAUGCUCUCUCAACAAGUAUCCGAGCCGGUCAUGCAGCGUGAUGGUGAGGAGGAUGCGGAAGACAUCUCAGCAGAGAAAUGAAGACAAAAAUUCUCUCAAUGUGGAACAAUGUCAGAUAUGGUUGGACUGUGAAAACAAGAACAGCAUUCAGCCUAGCCAAGCCGAUCUAUAUCCUGGGAAAGUGUUUCCAGCAUAGUAUAGAAGAUGCGGAGGAACGAUUACCAGGCCUGGAUGCAGUCAAGUCGCCGGCCAUGGAACUCUUCAAGAGGGAGUUUUCCUCUCGUAUCUGGCUGACCUACCGUCGGGAGUUCCCUCAGCUGGCCGGCUCCUCCUACACCACUGACUGCGGCUGGGGAUGUAUGCUGCGCAGCGGGCAGAUGAUGCUGGCCCAGGCUCUGGUCCAGCAUUUCCUGGGCAGAGAUUGGAACUACUACAAUGAGCAGACCAAGGAGGAGCAGCGUUACCACCACGAGAUAGUGAGAUGGUUUGGUGACCAGCCAGAUGACAUGAGUCCCUUCUCCUUGCACCGGCUAGUAGAGAUCGGCAAGAGCUCUGGCAAGAAGGCUGGGGACUGGUACGGACCGGCCUCGGUCGCACACAUCUUCAAAGAGGCUAUGGAUCAGGCUAUGGAUCUGAAUCCCCUGUUGGAACAAGUCUGUGUCUAUGUGGCUCAGGAUUGCACCAUCUACAAGGCCGAUGUGAUUAAGUUGUGCAAGCGGAAGCGUCCUGGUUCCCUGCAGCCGGUGUACAGUGACCAUAGCUUGCCAGUGGCGCCUCCGUCGACCGUUUCUCCUCCCCUAAGCUCCACCCAUCAGCAGCCUUCUGAACCCUAUCCAGAAGCAGUUGGUACUUCUUCCUUGUCACCUGUUGUACACACACCUGGCCUUGAUUCAAGUGAUGUGAAUCGGGCCGAUGAGAAGGAACCCACGUCAAUGCGGCAAAGCACUAUCCAACAGUCAAGCCAGACUGACUUCUCAAGCAGUAGCGAACUGAAUGGAAGCUCCACUCCCGCAAUGCACCCACCGUCGGUGUUUACCACAAACUCGCACCAGGCCGAUAUCACCCCAGAGCCAAGCUUGGCCCGGCCUAAGAAAUCGCAUCCGCCCCCAGUAGCAGCCAAACCAAAGACAGUGCACCGGACCCACUGGAACGGGAACAGCCCAAAGGCUGAGGAACCAUCCCCCAGACCCGAGACGGAGGAUACACAGAGGCGGACAGAGCCGAGUGAUGUUGCUCACCAGUCUGACGGGGAACCAGUGUCAGCCUCGUCAAUGACGCAAGACGAGAAACCGAGGAAUGAAGGCGAUGGAUCCUCAACGUCUGACAGGGAACCAGUGUCAGCCUCAUCAAUGACGCAAAAUGGAAAACCCAGGAAUGAAGGCGAUGGAUCCUCAACGUGGUGCGCUGUGGUGAUCCUUGUGCCUGUCAGGCUAGGUGGAGAUGAAGUCAAUCCCAUCUACGUCAGCUCCGUGCAAGCUCUGUUCACUCUAGACUGCUGCAUUGGGAUUAUCGGCGGCAAACCCAAGCACUCACUGUACUAUUUAGGAUUCCAAGAGGAGAAAUUGAUACAUCUUGAUCCUCACUACUGCCAGCCCGUUGUUGACAUGAAAACCAGGGAGUUCUCCCUCUCUUCAUUUCACUGCAUGUCACCUCGCAAGAUGGCUAUUAACAAGAUGGAUCCAAGCUGCACCAUAGGCUUCUACCUGCGCACCGAGGAAGAUUUCAACGAAUUCUGUGAAGUUGUUCCAUCGAUUGUCCAGGGUCCACCAACCGCCAACUCCAGAGACUACCCAAUGUUUAUACUGCGAGAUGGUAGCUGCCAUGAUUGGAAUAGCCACCACGCGACUGAUGAGGAGAAACCAGAGCGCUAUCUCCGGGUGCGGCACGUCAACCAGAACGGCCAGCUCAUUGCCCCCAUGCGCGAAACCGAGGACUUUGUAUUCUUAGACUCCUGAGCUGGACACCAGUGAAUUGCUGGUGCCCGUCGGGUAACAAGAGACUUUUUUGAUAAUACGUUGAAACCCUCAAAUAAACAUGAAAGUGGUAUUUGAAUGCUACUGCAAUUGACACAGUGGCAUCAUGAAGAAAGCUGGGAAUCUUGGAAAGGAAUCUUGUCCGACCUAAACUUCUCCGACGCAUUUCCGUUUUUUUUCCAGGAUGAGGUUAUGGUGGAAGAGUUGUUACUUCCUGUACCUUAACCACGAUAACCUAGUUUGAAAUGUCACUUACAGUCUGGCGUAGAUUGGGUUAUCCACUCUUUCUGGACUGACUCCAAUUUUAAGAAGGUUAGGAGGUUUGGAUGUGAAAUAUUCUCACUGAUUUCAAAGCAAAUAUUUUACGUUUUCCACAGAAAGACAAUAUGAUACUUGCCCGCGCAAAACGUGAUUUGGACAUUUUCAAAACAUUUAAGGUUUUACAAAUUCUGUUCAACAUGAUCAUUCUCAUUUCGUUUCACAUUCAUUUUUUGAAAGGCUUCAAAAACUUCAGAUAAAAGGGGUUUACAGCAUUCAUUAACUAGUUUCGCGCAGGAUGACGUGUUUAUAUACCCCCAAAGGUUUUGCGUUAUUCGGAACAGAUGACGGAUAAACACGCAGGAGCGAGGCCAGAAAUAUAUGUCAGUGACCUGCUCGCAGCGAGUGAGGCCGGAAAUAUGAGUGUGCUGCCCGAGGGUGAUGGCUUCAACCCGCCUGGCUUGAAGUCGAGUGAAAAGUAAUCCCACGCCUCAUUCCGUUCUUGUCAAAAUAAUCCUGGCAUGAACUGGUUAAAGAUUAAAAACACAGCACACCCCACUUGUUUCAUUUAGGAAUUAGUUAAUAUUAUUGAUCAAAUUGAACGAAGAAAUAGGCUGGAGCGGGGUCUGAACCUUUGCCCUUCGGAAUACCAUACCGGUGCUCUAGCAACUGAGCUGUUCACCCCCUUGUUUUGAUGGAUGCUGAAUUUUCAGUUCUUUGAUUUGUGAUGGGGAAGUUUUGGUAACAUGAAAAAAAUCAGGUUUUAGAAGGACACCCUCACGUGGUUUCAUGUUUUAAGUUCCGUUUUGUUGAUCCUUUAUAUAUGUACAUGUAUGUCUUGCCAACGAAAACUACAAAAUGACAUUAACCACUUCGCGUCGGAUGACGUGUUAACACGAUCUGGCUGAUUCUACACACAGGCACGGCUGACGGGUUAAAACGUCAAGCUUGCCUCGACUUGCCUCCGGAUGACGUCUAACCAUGCUAAUCCCCCAUUUGUUUUGUACACGCACACAAAGUCUGAGAAGUCUGUGGAGGUGGACUGUGUGCUGUACUUGAAAGCUGUGCACGAAUCGUUUUGGUAAAAUUUUUCACUCCAUUACACACCCCAGAGUAUUGAAACAUAUGAGGUUAAGGCAAGAAAUAUCUUACAAAUAUUGUUGACAUGACUCUCGUGAAUCAAUAUCUGUGGCGUUUGGCUGUAUAUUAAAAGUUGGCUGCUAUAUCUUGCCUUUUUCGAAAGUCGAAAUUAUCCGCUAAAAUAAUUCCGGCGCGAAGUGGUUAACAGAUUAGCACAAGGUAGUCUCUAUGUGAGCCGUCAAACCUCAGUGCAAAACGUAGAAUCUUUUGUUUUGUACCUUUACCCAGCCCUAACCAUACAAU